UAGCACGAACCUUUAUUCACACAACGCAAGCCUAGCCAAGUAAUUUAGUUUAGAGACCAAAGAAAAUGCGUUCCUCUUCAUCUUCUUCAUUCGACUCGACAACCCUAAUAAAAUUGGGAUUUCUUCUUAUUCACGUAUCAUUGUCUCAUGCUCAACUAAGCCCUUCCUUUUACGAUAAAACAUGUCCUCAAGUCUUUGACAUUGCAACUAAUACCAUCGUCAAUGCGUUGAGAACAGACCCUCGUAUUGCAGCGAGCAUACUUCGUCUUCACUUCCACGACUGCUUUGUUAAUGGAUGUGAUGCAUCGAUAUUGUUAGACAACACAACAUCGUUUAGGACGGAGAAAGACGCGUUUGGGAACGCAAAUUCAGCUCGUGGCUUCGAUGUGAUCGAUAGGAUGAAGGCUGCCGUAGAGAAAGCAUGUCCUAAAACCGUUUCUUGUGCUGAUUUGCUCGCCAUCGCAGCUCAAAAGUCUGUCGUUUUGGCUGGAGGUCCUUCAUGGAAGGUUGCAGGUGGAAGAAGAGACAGUUUAAAAGGCUUUAUGGAUCUUGCAAAUAAGAAUCUUCCAGCUCCAAAUUUUACCCUUAAACAACUCAAGGAUAGCUUCAAAAAUGUUGGACUUGACCGUCCUUCUGAUCUUGUUGCGCUUUCUGGUGGUCACACUUUUGGUAAAAACCAAUGCCGAUUCAUAAUGGACAGACUUUACAACUUCAGCGAGUCUGGUUCACCCGAUCCAACCCUUGAUAAAUCUUACCUCAGUACGCUUAGAAAGCAAUGUCCCCGCAAUGGAAACCAAAGUAUCUUGGUAGAUUUUGAUUUACGUACGCCAACAGUUUUUGAUAACAAGUAUUAUGUGAAUCUGAAAGAGAACAAAGGUCUUAUCCAGAGCGACCAAGAGUUGUUCUCAAGCCGUGAUGCUUCAGACACUAUCCCCUUAGUCCGAGCCUACGCUGAUGGUCAAGAUAAAUUUUUCAAUGCGUUCGUGGAGGCAAUGAAAAGGAUGGGAAGCCUAUCACCUUUAACAGGGAAACAAGGAGAAAUUAGAUUGAACUGUAGGGUGGUGAAUUCGAAAUCUAAGAUCAUGGAUAUGGUAGAUGAUAAUGAAUUUGUCAGCUAUAUGUGAGAAUCUAAGUGAUUCUUCUAAUAACAAUAAUCUUAAGCUGUUGUCAAGAUGUAAUGUUACGGGUUUUAGUAAUUGAGCCCUUGAGAUAGAAAUGAAUCGUAAAAAAAACUCA